CUGCAUCCUGUUGCUGUUGGGGUUUUUUUUCCCCGAGUAUCUGUGCACUUCAUGCAUCGCUUUUUUUCUGCACUCAAAGCCCUGAUUCCUGUCAGCGCUCCAGCAAAGCGUCGUGUCUUCGUAGAAGAACGGGCGGGUUCUCAUGAGCUUUUUUAGCAUGUAACACGAUGGUCACGAGCGCGUGGCACAUACACGCGCGAGAAAUCUCUGGACAGGUUUUUAAGAGGAACGUGAACGGGGAUUUGUUGAGGCGCGCGCACGAGAAAUUGAUUACGGAGAGCGGAUAAAACCUGAAUACGCAUUUAAAAAAGAAAGAAGAAGAAGAAGAAGAGGCAGAGGAGGAAAACUCCUGAAUACGCAUCUGAAAAUAUGCAUAUGAGGAUCCCUGUGAUAAAUCGUCUGAACAUUAUGCAGUCGCAGUGUGGAUUUCGUAAGGCGGAUGUGAGACUCGGAGCGGAGUGAAAAAAACGAAGGAGGAACUAAGUGCAGUGUAACGGAGCGUCGCUUCACGUCUCCCUGCUGCAGACUCGACGUACGUGCGUGUGGCAGUGAGCGCGUGUGUGUGUGUGUGUAUGUGUGUGUGCAACCAAGGCGCGAGCAUGUCGAACCGAAAACACCGGGACAGCCAGGAGAUUUGCACCCGCAAGGUCCGGGAGCUCGCGCAAACAGGGCCCAACAAGCACUGCUUCGAGUGCGGCCAGCCUGGUGUCACUUACACCGACAUCACAGUGGGCUGCUUCGUUUGCACAUCAUGUUCCGGAAUGCUGCGAUCCCUCUCAUCUUGCCUGUGCAACGUUUCAUUUCGUCACGGUUUCAGGAGGGGACUCAACCCACCCCACAGGGUCAAGUCCAUUUCCAUGACAACAUUUUCCCAACAGGAAGUAGAUUUUUUGCAAAACCAUGGCAACGAGGUUGGGAAAAGGAUGUGGCUCUGUACAUUCGACCCAAAGACUGAUGGCUGUUUUGACACUCGUGACUCACAGAAGUUUAAAGAAUUUCUUCAGGAAAAAUAUGAGCGGAAGAAAUGGCAUUUCUCUAAAAGUAAAGGUAGGAGGGAUGUAGAGCCUUCAUGGAGUACAGGGGUUCAAGCUCCUGCUCAGACUCAGCCCUCCUCUGGACACCCACUAAACCCUGCAGCCCGGGCUUCUCGAGCUCUGUCCCAGGCUCAGUUGCCAUCAUGGGAUAGAGUUCCGACUGUGUCUCCAGCUGAUGUUCGUACAGAGGUUUUCACAGCUCGACCAACUCGAUCUCAGAGCUUUAGAGACCACACUAUUAAAGAUUCCUUGUUAAGUGGGAUGGAGAGGCAGAGACCAGGAACAAUAUCUCCAGGAAUGGGACCCCAGAGUCGACUUCCCUCUUUCCCUGCUCUUCCACGGCCUUCAGCAAGUAGCACUUUCAAAAACAGCUUCACACUAGGUCGCACGGUAUCCUCAGGAGGUGGAGCACCAUUUCGGACCGUCCCUAAAUCUCUAAGUUUGGACUUUGGUGGUCUUGGGUCUACCCCUAGUGCACUAAGCCCUCAGGGUCCACCAUUUAUCUCACAAGACAAGUAUGCUGCUGUGUCUCAACUCGACAAGGUCUUUUCUGACCCACCCACUACAGUUGCAUCCACAGUUCCCUCUAGUGGCCCUCCACAAUACAGCAGUCUGUUUGGCAACAGACCAUCUUCUAGUUCCACACCUGCAAGCUCUCCAGGUGUGCCAGAGGUCUCUUCAGCCUCUCAGACUUUUGCAAAUUUCCCAAAUCCGUUCUGUUCCACAGCCAGCAGUUCACAGCCUGCAUUAUCCCCCAGUAACCCCUUCAACAGCACAGCCACAGGUGACAGCAGUACGCUUGUAUCACCAUCUCCUUCAGCUGCCUUUCCUCAUUCAGCCUCCUUUCCUGCUCCUACCUCCCACAAUGCUUUCCCUCAUGAGCCAGCUGAUAAUCAGGAGACAAAUGUUACUCAAUCAAAUGCAGGUUUUGCUUCUUUCCCUGCACUGGAGCCCAUCUCAAAAGUUCAGCGGCCAGUGUCUGUCAACCCAUUUACUGGGACGGUUUACCCCGCCAGAGGAACUUCACUGAACCCUUUCAUCUGAUCUCACUGUCUCUUUGAUGAGAGAGAGAAAGAAAGAGAGAAAGAGAAACAGAGGGGAUUGUGGGUGUAUGUGAAAAAUGGACAGAAAGCUUGAUGCCAUUUCCAUGCCUUGAGUUAAGGAAACUCCCUCCAUCAGAUAAGCGAGGAAAACAAACAAGGACUGCCCAUUUUCCUGAGUUUAAGUUAAUGUGCGUAUUAAACAGUGUACCCCUUUGUUUGAGUUUGUGUUUGUAUUUGUAUGUGUGUAUGUGUUGUGUGUGCACCGUUUUGCACCACACAUUACAAAUCAAAGUUUUUGUAA